UCUUGCAAUAAAGUUUAUUAUAAACAUGGCAGUUCGUGUGCAAUUCGAAAACAAUAAUGAAGUGGGAGUAUUUAGCAAGUUAACAAAUUCUUAUUGUCUCGUCGCAAUUGGCGGAUCAGAAAAUUUCUACAGCGUGUUCGAGGCUGAAUUGGCGGAUACAAUCCCAGUGGUACACGUCAGCAUUGCCGGAUGCCGCAUCAUAGGACGCAUGACCGUAGCUAACAAAAAUGGACUGCUCGUACCCUCGUCCACGACCGACACAGAGUUGCAACACAUUAGAAACAGUUUACCGGACAGCGUAAAGGUACAACGAGUGGAAGAGCGUCUGAGUGCACUCGGCAACGUGAUAACAUGUAACGACUACGUCGCACUUGUGCAUCCUGACUUGGAUCGCGAUACCGAAGAAAUCCUCGCCGACACGCUGGGUGUCGAAGUGUUCAGGCAAACAGUGGCGGGAAAUGUUCUCGUCGGUACCUAUGCAGCACUGAGCAACAGAGGAGGCCUUGUUCACCCAAAAACUACAAUUCAAGACCAAGAUGAACUGUCAUCCCUCCUUCAAGUUCCUUUAGUGGCAGGUACAGUGAACAGAGGCAGUGAAGUCAUCGCUGGUGGACUUGUAGUGAAUGAUUGGUGUGCAUUCUGUGGUAUGGACACAACAUCUACAGAAAUUUCAGUAAUAGAAAGUGUUUUCAAAUUGAAUGAUGCCAAGCCGACAGCAAUCACAUCAACAAUGCGUGCUUCACUCAUUGACAGUAUGUCAUAACAUUAACUUUUGUUAAUCAAUUAUAAAUUAUGUGAUAUUGUUAUGUUACAGUUAAAUCGAGAUAACUUCAAAUUUUCUGUCACUUGAGCAGAUUGCGCAAUAUUUGAAACCAUAAUGUGUAAGUCUAUUAAACAUUACAAAAUUCAUGAAACUAUUAUUUUUUUUGUUGAGGUAAAAUAAAAACAUUGCAAUUA